AUGAAUACGAUUCAACAAAAAAGUGGUUCGUCCGUACUGUACAUUGUGGAGGAUGACAUACCGACGCUAUCGUACCGACCAUCAUCUUCGUCUUCUUCCACUAGUGCCACCACGAGCUCGACUUUCAACUCAUACCAAGAUGCCAAUGUCCCACCAGUAAUCCCCAAAAUAUAUGAACAAAACACAUUCAUUGAUUGGAGUCUAGAAAAGCUAUUGAUACCUCGUAUGAACUUUUUGCAUGGUGGUAGUAAUCGAAAUAUAAAUAUUAAUAAUAAUUAUAAUGAUAAUAAUAAUGACAAUAAUAGUAAUCACAACAACAGUACCUUGCAAUACGGAUUUUCCAAGUACGUCAAUGUUUCCAAAAAAUGGCUUACUGUGCUUCUUUCGGCCGUAAUUUUGGGCUAUGUUGCUUCAGCAAUUGACUUGAUUUCCGUAUCGCUAAACGACUUGAAGAAGGGGCUAUGCUUACCUAAUAAACAAACGAAAGGAACAGAUGAAGAGAAUGGUUCAGAGUGGAGUAUUUUCAACCCGUACCUGACGUGUCCCACAGAGGAUUGGUAUAGCUGGCUGAGACUAUUAUUUGGUACGACUGCAGUAUGGGGUAAUGUUUUGGUAAAUUUUCCAGUUUACUUGUUACUUGCUAUGGCUUUUGUCGCCGGUGCUGCUUUUUUAACCAUCAAUAGAGAACAUUUGAUAAGACAAUCAGGAAUCCCAGAGAUUAAAUUGAUUAUUUCUGGAUUCAAUAUGAAUUUAGAAAAGUAUCUUGGGAUCAAAACUUUGCUCUAUAAAAUUACUGGGUUGAUUCUUGUUGUGAGCUCAGGCCUAUGGUUGGGCAAAGAAGGCCCCUUGGUGCAUGUUGCUUGCUGUAUCUUCAACAUCGUACACGAAGUUGUGGUGAGGUUCAAUGCAAGAAGUUCCUCGAGUUCAAUGCGUCAACCACCACGAAUAAAUGAAGCAAUCAGAAGAGAAAUUUUAAGUGCUGCUACUGCUACGGGUAUAUCCGUGGCAUUCAAUUCUCCAAUUGGAGGUGUAUUGUUUGUUUUGGAGAGCAUGCCCAGCUAUUUCUACCCUACAAAGAUUAUAUGGAUCUCUUUUGUUUCCGCUACAGUUGCCAUUAUUGGGAUGACAGGCUUUAAUUCAUUUACUGAUGGAAGAAAUAGUAAUUUUUUGGAACAGGACUUGUUUCAAGUUAACUUUGGCAAUUUCAGCUGGUUGUUUAUGGAAGUAGUGCCAUUUUGCAUACUAGGAUUUAUUGGUGGGGUUUAUGGAUCAUGGUUCAUCAAAUUGAAUCAAAAGCUUCAAAAUCAACAUUUUCGAAAAAGAAUACAGCUGAAAAUAGCCAGGUUGUGCAAAGUGGAUGCCAAAUACGGAGCGUAUUUGGAAUUACUUUUGCUCGUGACGGUGACCACCAUCUUGAAUUUUCCAUUGGAAAUAGCCAAGCUUCCUUUGAAUUCGUAUUUGAAAUUGUUAUUCAAGGAGUGUCCAAAGACUGCUGUUGACCAACCAAAUGCCACAAAUUUUUUGUGUCUGGCGUCAAAUGGCAUGACAUUGAUAAAACUACUUUAUAUUGUUAUUCAAGGAUUCUUGCUUACAGCAUGUACAUUUGGCAUUGAUUUGCCUGGAGGGAUUCUAAUGCCGUCAUUGGUUCUAGGAGCUAGCACUGGAAGGCUUUUUGGUAUACUCAGUCAAGCAUUGCAAUCAAAGUUUCAUUGGGAAUCACUUGCAACAUGCACAGAAAAAUCAUGCGUCGUUUCACCAUCUUCAUAUGCAGUGAUUGGAGCCGCCUCAUUUAUGACUGGUAUUACAAAGCUCACAAUGACGGUGGUGGUACUCAUGUUUGAAAUCACUGGGGCUGUAACUUACGUGUUGCCUAUCAUGUGUGGUGUUAUGACUGCCAAAUUCGUUAACGAUUGGUUGACGCCAUCGAAUAUAUACGAUACGUGGCUUCAGAAUAAUUAUAACCAACCAGGCGAUAAAGAUUUCCAUGGAUUGGUCAAUGAAGGAAAAGGCACUGGACUUGUGUCAUUUUCCAAUUUGACAACCACGAUUAAAUCCAAGUUGCCCGAUGUUACAGUUAAAUCAUUAAUGAUUCCAGUGGCACAAAUGAAGUGUCUUUGUUUAAUUGGUGGAAUCAAUGGAACACCAUAUACCAGAACUUCUUUGACUACAUUUGUUAGUGAAGACUCUCACGAAGGGUAUCCCCUUAUUUCCGAUUAUGAGGACCCCGUUUACCUUGGCUAUGUGAAUAAGCGUGAACUUUUACAGCAAUUAUUCAAUUUGGAUCAACAAGAACACGAGGAUUUACACCGCCCAAUCUCUUUCCAAGUGGAAAACUUGCCCAAAAGCGCCUUGUCCAAGCAAUUACACUAUGAGCGUCAACUUACAGAUUUCAUUGCUCUAGACUUGAAAGUCGAGAGGUCCAAACUAUAUACAAAUGACUUGUCCCCUGCAGUGCUCAUUCUUGAAGAGUUUGAGAAAUUGCAUCUAAAUCAUUUGGUUAUCCUUCGGCAGGAUAAUGCAAAGGAUGAAGUGAUGGCGGGGUUUAUAGACAGAUUUAUUCUCUCGACUACUAUAAAUGACAAGUUCAGAGCUCUUGUGGAUGAACUAGACGACUUUGAAGCAAUUAACAGUUAUGACUUGGAAACUGCCGGUAUUUUAAAUGAACGCGACAAUGACGAAGGUUUAGAUGAAUGGUUGAGUUUGAGACAAAAUAGAAAGAGUAUAGAGUUGAUUACGUAA